CCUCCUCACAGCAGCACCUUCACCCUCCUGAAGAGAGACUCUCUGAACCUGAGCUCACAGCCACCAAAGAAACCAGAGACAUGUCCUCUACCACUGCAGCUCUCCUCCUGCUGGGAGUCCUCUGUGUUAGCUUUGCAUCAGCUGAGAUCGCGGUGGACUGCUGUCUGACGGUCACUGAGAGGCGCAUGCCGCUCAACAUCCUCCAGAGCUACACCCUUCAGGAAGCUGGGAAAGGAUGCAAAAUCAGCGCUACUGGAUUCAUCACAAAGGUUGGAAAGACUCUGUGCGUCUCCCACCCUAACGACAAACAAUGGGUGAAGGUCUACAUCAAACAUCUGGAUGAGAACAGACCAAGACCUCAAUAAAUCAGGUGUAGAGAGCAGAGGACUCUGGGAAAAGAUGGCUGAAGAUCAAGAAGAACCGACUGCAGACUGAGAGAGAGAGAGAGACGUUCAGGAUGAAAGGAUGAACCCUGAUGUUCUGUAGAAGAUCAAAUCAGUUUGAGAAGAUCUUAUUUAUGAUGAUUUAUGGUUUUGAGCCGUCAUGCCGGUGAAAUGUACAGUUCUGUGUGUGCUUCCUCUCAUUUGUGGAGACUGUUGUGUUAAACUCAAUCCUCUUUUUGUUUUAUCUCUGUUAGUGAAAUAGAAAUAUAGAGAUGUGCCUUGACUUGCCAUGAACUAACGUUGACACUUUUGUUUUAAUCAUAAGACUGUGAAGUGUUUGAGGAAACUUUACAACCAAUGAUGUUUGAGAAGCUGUGUUUAUGUUUUAUGAUGUAAUAUUUCAGUGAGUUUGCUGUUUUAGUGACAACUUGUACAAAAUGUUGAGAUGAUGUGUGUUAAAACUCAUGUUAAGAGAUAUUCUAAAAUAAAGUUUUAUAUUAUUUUUUAACUUCUA